UCUCUAGGCUUUAGGCCAUCGAUAUACACUGGGUGAAAACAUUUCGAAAACUCAACAGAAACUACAAACGUCACCUUCAGAAUCUCUCAACAUCAUUCUCUCAACCCUUGUCAAAAUCACGAGAAGUUUCUUUCAUUAUUUCAUUGCACAUAAAAUGUAAAAGUGGAGUAGAAUAGCAUGGCUAAUCCUAUAAAGGCACUGAACGAGCAUUUCUUAUAUAAUUGCAAACUGGCCAAGGCUUUACAGCAACUCCUUUUACCAAAUGAAAGGAAGCUGAUAGAGCUAUGGUUCGACAAACUGUUGGAAAUGGAUAAAACCGUUGAUCAAAUGAUCAUACGAAGUGAUUACAUGUGGUUCAUUCUAUUAAUGCUGCAAAGUAAGAAAGUUAAAGAGCCAUUUACGAGAUUGCCCCCAUCGAACUUGCUUCCCUUGAAGAAAUUUGUGCGACUGCAUAUCUAUGAAGAAGUGUUGAUUGCCAACGAACCCAAUAUGGUACUUUCUGAACCUAGAAGGAUAAGUAGGGAUAGCAUUUUCUCAGAAGUAGAGAUGAUUACAGCAGCUACAUCCUGUUCCUCCAUUAAACAUAGCAAAUGACCAAUAUACAUUAGUUUCAUUUCAUGUUGAAAUAAUCUUAUAACAAUAACAAUCAUGGAACACUUGAAUUAUUGAUAAUAACAUCUUAUGAA